CGCUCCUCGGCGGCGUAGCGGAUAAGCUCCCGGGAGGAUGCCUCGGUGCGGGGCGCGUCGCCCCCCUCAGGCCACCAGAGCCCGGAUACCUCAGAAAUUCGGCUCUGGGUCUGUGGGGAGCGAAAUGCAACCCAAACCCCGUUUCCCCGAAGCCCCGCGCAGAUAAACACGCACAAGCACGCACACAGACGUCGUCGGCCCGCACUCGCAGCCGCAGGUCCCGGCCUGAGGGAAGAGGCCGGGGCCCAAGAUGGCUCGCCGCCUUCGCCUCGCAGCCCCGGGCGCGGCCGCUCGCCCUCGCCGCUCGCUCGCAGGUGCGACGGAAGUGCCCGGCGUCACCGGCCCGGAGCGACGACGCAACGGCCGGUCUGGGCCUGCAGCCUCGGUGGCCCGGGCCGGACGGGAGCGGCCGCCGGACACAGCCGUCUACAGUUACUUGACUUGGAGGCAGAACACCAUGACCGGGAAACAGGCAUGGAACAAAGCAGGUGACACCAGCAGACAGAAAACGGGCAGAGGCUGCAGUGUAGACCAUGGACUGGAGCUAUUGAAGACCCAAAAGAAAGAAAAUGUUGAGAGGUGGAAUGAGCUUGGUGGUUGAAGAGAUGGCUGAAGAUUCACACUUGAGCUGUUUCCCAAAACUUAAGUGCUGCAGGAGAGCAGAAGCAGCUACCUAGCCUGCCAGAGACAUGCUGUUUCUAGGCUAGGGUGACUGCUGACACAAUGAAGCAAAAAAAUUAAAAAUACUGGAGCGUGUGAUAAUGAGUUCAGAUAAUGCAUGGGUUGAGUUUUCGGUCUCUGGGACACCCUGGAGAUGUACUGUUGGUACUUAGACAUGACAGAACAUGAUGAAUGUUCUCAGAAUGGAAGAACAUGGCAAAGAAAAGUUGAAGGUGUGAAGAGAAGGAAAGACUUAACUCUAAGGAGAGACUCAGGCUUUG